UGGUGUGCGGUGCGGGCGACGUGAUGUUGAUUGAGUUGGAUAAUUUUGUAAAAAUCUAGGGAAAUCUUGUGUUUAAAGACAGUAAUAAAAUCUAGAAAUCAGACAAACCAAUGCGAAACAUAAAAAAAACAGUGUAAAGUUUUUUUGAAGGGAGUGUUCAGCACACAAAAUAGAAGUAAAGUGUUGUUGUCAAGUCAGAAAAUGUAUUGAUUUGUUUCUGUGCGAUGAGUUGACAAAACCAUGUCAGGUGUGAUUUAGUAAAUAAUCUUCGAUUAAAGAAGUGUUGAUUGAGAUAAGAUAUUAACAGUCACCUGCAACGGAAUGAAUCUUGAUAACUCUUCAAGGGAAAAUUCCGAAGCUUUAGAUUCCAUCGGUACAGUAAGCCCGAGAGAAAAGUAUCACAGCAUGAGAGAAAAGAAGUUAUCUACUGCAUCCCUCACUAAUACUGAGGGGGCCCGUCCGAAGGUCGUCACGGUAAAACAUCCAGAAUCAAACAAACCUAAACCUACUGCUAAGAAAAAUAAACCCAUACAAGCUGAUCUUGAUGUCAUCAAGGAAUUUAUAAGAUGCCGAGACGAAGGUGUGAGGCGACUAGACCUCAGCAAGUCCUCAAUAACAUCUCUGCCUCCUAAUGUCAGGGACCUGACGCACUUAGUAGAAUUUUAUUUGUAUGGUAAUAAGCUUGUGGCCCUACCUGCAGAGUUUGGUUGCCUGACAAAUCUACAGACAUUAGCAUUGAAUGAGAAUUCAUUAACAAGCCUGCCUGAUUCACUUGCAAAUUUGAAAUGCUUGAAAGUUUUGGAUUUGAGACAUAAUAAACUUAGUGAUAUUCCUGAAGUAGUUUAUAAACUCACUUCCUUGACAACCCUUUUCUUACGAUUCAACCGGAUCAGGGUGGUUGGUGAUGGAAUUGCCAACUUGACCAAUCUCACAAUGCUCAGUCUGAGAGAGAAUAAAAUCAAAGAAUUGUCAUCUGGCAUUGGAAAACUGGUCAAUCUAGUUACAUUUGAUGUGUCUCACAAUCACCUCGAGCAUUUGCCACAAGAAAUUGGCAACUGUGUUAACUUAUCAACACUAGAUUUGCAACACAAUGAGUUAUUAGACAUACCUGAGACUAUUGGGAACCUUCAGGCUCUGACCAGACUAGGACUGAGGUACAAUAGAUUAACUGCUAUACCUGAAAGCCUAAGUAAUUGCAAGCAUAUGGAUGAAUUCAAUGUGGAGGGAAACUCCAUAUCCCAGCUUCCUGAAGGGCUGCUUGCCAGUCUGAAUGAGCUCACCAGUAUCACAAUAUCGCGUAAUUCGUUUGCGAGCUAUCCUUCUGGAGGUCCAGCACAAUUCACAAAUACAUUUUCAAUCAAUUUGGAACAUAAUCAAAUAGAUAAAAUUCCAUAUGGCAUAUUCUCUCGAGCAAAAAACUUGACAAAACUAAACAUGAAAGAGAAUUUGCUCACUUCUCUGCCAUUAGACAUGGGAAACUGGGUUAACAUGGUAGAACUCAACCUGGGGACAAAUCAACUGACUAAACUGCCUGAAGAUAUUCAAUGCUUACAGAACUUAGAAGUUCUUAUUUUGUCAAACAAUCUCCUGAGAAGGGUUCCACCAAGUAUUGGGAAUUUGAGAAAACUUCGAGUGCUGGAUUUGGAAGAAAAUAAGUUGGAGAUCCUUCCCAAUGAAAUUGGGUUGCUUCAUGAUUUGCAGAAAUUGAUAGUGCAGUCGAAUCAAAUCAAUACUCUGCCACGAUCCAUCGGUCAUUUGACCAACCUCACCUAUCUGAGUGUUGGAGAAAACAAUUUGCAAUACCUACCAGAAGAAAUAGGUACACUAGAGAAUUUGGAAUCACUCUAUUUGAAUGAUAAUCCUAAUUUGUGCAAUUUGCCAUUUGAAUUAGCUCUGUGUGUGAGUUUGCAAAUCAUGAGCAUUGAGAAUUGUCCUUUGACAGCUAUUCCACCUGAGGUGGUCUCGUCAGGACCAUCCUUAGUCAUUCAAUAUUUGAAGUCACAAGGACCUUACCGAGCUAUGUGAUAUCAGGAUGAUUUUCUACCAAGCGGUGAAGGCACCUAAGAUGCCAAUAUUGCUUAUUCAAGCUUCUCCAGAAAAUGUAUACUCAGUAAUUAAGAAUAUUUUAUGUUUAUGUGUAGUUUAACUGUAAUGCAAUUUGUGUCACAAUUUUCUAAAGUGUUUAAACUCUUUACUAUGAUUCUAUCAAUCAUGACAUUUUAUUAUUUACAUAGUAUUGUUAACAUGUUAAAGAAUUUAAUGUGUUUAUUAGUUAGAAAUUUUAAAUCUUCCUGUGCUAUUGAAUGAUUCAUUAUUUUAUAGUAAUAUGAAUUGUUUAACUUUGUAAAUUAUAUGUAAUAAAAAUGAUAAAAAAUACAAAAAUACAUCCAUUAGUGUUAGUAGAUAGAAACUUUAAAAUGCUGUAUAUAAUGUAUGCACAAACCUGUGCUGUGUUAUGUUACAAUAGUACAUAAUUAAUUUAAUUAUCAAACAAAGAAGAAUCAUAAACUCUUUUUUGUGCAGUUGUUGUAUUAAAUUAUUUUCAAAAUUUUCAGGAUAUUAUUAGGUAAUGUUUUAUUAUGAAUGUACCUAUUUGCAUUUUUAAACUAAGAAAUUGCAUUACAAUAUGCAAUGAUUAUGUUAUUGUCUUAAAUCUAGGUAGGUACUGUAUGUGAUUUGAAAUGUCACAUUUUUACUUUUUGACUGAAAAAUAUCAAUGUUUUACCUACUUUUUGAAAUGCUUUGCACAAUGCAAAACGACUACUUAUAAUCCGGUUGAGUUAACUGCGCACCUGGCAGCUGUGACGUCACAUCUACGCUCUGGUACGGAACGGGGCGAACGCGGGGAGGGGUGCGGUUAAGUGGGAGGGAGAGUCGCAUUCCAGCGAGUUGCGCAGUUAGUUCGUUCGGGUUGUAAUCAACUAAGUAUAAUAUUUUUUUAUUAUGGGUCAGGAAUCCUAAUUUUUAUCAAAUGAUUAGUUUUCAAUUUUUAUUAAUUAACUAUAUUGCCUGGUUUCCACUUGUCUGUAAAAUAAUUAGGUACCUUGUUAGAUCAAUACUCAAAAUUGUAAUUGAUUAUAAUGAACUGUCUUUUUUAUUAAUGAACAGUAUUUUAACAUUCAUUGAUGUAAUGGGGUUUUAAAACCAAGAAAUAUUAAUAAACUACGAUAUUUAGAUCUCAUCAAAACAUACUAUUGUAACAGUAUUUAAUCAAGUCUUAUUUUGUUCAUUAGAUUUGUAUGAAGGUUUUAACUAAGGAUUAUGUAUAUUUGCAAUUUGAAUCAAUGUUUUAACUAUUAUUAAUAUUUUACACAAUGUAAGUAAGUAUGUUCCGCAUCAGAAAUCUUCGAAAAUUAAUCUUGACUCUGAAAACCUUAUUAUCCAUUUAUUUAAAUACUUAAUAGUACCCAUCUAACUGGGUAAAGGUUUUUAGUAACAUUAUGAUGGAUAUAUUUUAUACUUAAGCUUAAGUAUAUGUUUGUUUUCGGUCUGUACGCGUAAACGUACAAAUCUAGAAUGUUUAAGUUUACAGAAAAUGAACAUUGUUCUUUAGUGGCAAGUCAAAUCCUAUUUUUUUUCUAAAUGUUAAGAUAAACAACUAAAAAACAUAGAUAUCUGACCUACUGUUAAAUUAUUGGUAAUACAUUAUUUUUGAUGCAGAGUAUACCUACUAAGUAGGUAAGAUAAAACAUAAUAAAUUAGAACUAAUUUGACAUAUUUCGUCUACUUUUCCUGUAUGUUGCAUUUAAUUACAAGAAUGUAAUCAAUUAUUUUAUUGACCAUGUAUGUAUGAAGUAUAGUAUAGUAGGUAUUUUAUGUAUUGAUGUUUUAUAUCUUGUGUAAUCUGAUAUAGCGGGUAAGUGUAAUCGAUUUAUCAGUUUUCUUUUAUCAUGCUAAUACAUUAUUAAUUUUUGAAUAAUUUAUCAUACCUAUUAUUUGUUGUUAAUUAAUGCUUUUCUUACAAUUUGAUGUUUCGAUAAUAAAUCAAUGUGCGUAAGUUUUAGUCCAUACAAUCUUGUACCUACUUUGUGCUACGGGUGGAGUGCAAUGAGUGUGAAUGCACUGCUGCUGCCGGAGGUAGACAAUUCAGAACCGGCACAGCCUAACUAAAGAGUGCUUCGUAAGGUUCUGAGUCGCUUGCCAGGAGUCUUUCUUCCGUCUAUAUACUGUUUAGUAUGCCACUGCCCGUAGCAGUGACGUCAUAGUGCUAUACAGGGUGGUUAGAUUACAAUUAGCGAUGUUCUAGAAACAAUAAUGAUACGUUGAACUAUUGUUGCUAUAAACACAAAAUGGAAAUUGCAGGCCACAUACUAAACGUGCUUCCUCAUCACACUGAAACUAACAUAUCACAUGCAUACAUUCUAUCUUCCAAGCGUGCGUGAACCAUUCCUACUAUGUUUCUAGAACAUUGCCAGGCGAAACCAAAUACCUUUUAAAAUUAUUAAAACUAAUUCGGUGUCUAAUAUUGUUAAUAAUACAUAAUUGUUCUGUUAUAAUAUGUGUGGAUAUUUAUGUAUGCAUUUAUAUUAAUGGAAUAAAUAUAACAUUGUAGUGCAUAUUAUUUAUAUUAGAUAUUUCAAGCUAUCUAUAGAUUGACCCAAAUUCAAGGUAUAUUUUUUCUUCAGGUGAAACCUAUAAUAAUGUUGAUCCAUGUGUAAAUCGUUUCAAUAACAUGUAAACGUGUUAUGAGAAAUAAAUAAACUUGUAUUGAA